UUGCGUGUGUUUUGAACGGUUUUGAACUAUUUUGAAUAAUGACAAGGUGUUGAAAUAUUAAUACUGAUGUUUGCCUGUGUUACAAAUUAUUGUUGUUUAAAAUAAAUAUUCAUAUUUAUUUGUGAAAUGCUUUGUCAACUUUUAGUUUAAAAAAUGUGAUACCGAUAGUGUAAUUUGAAUUGACAAUCCAUAUAAUAAGUACAAUUGCUCAAUGAGACAUUCAUAAAAUCAUAAUGUCUAAGCGGAUUAAUUAUGAAAAAGCUUUGGAAUAUUGGUCAGAAAUUCCAGCUACAGUUGACGGUGUACUAGGAGGUUUUGGGUUCAUAUCAGAUAUUGAUAUUGUAGGCUCAACUCAGUUUUUACAGUCUUUAUUUUCGUUGGAAAACAGUCCAGGAAGGGAAGUAGCGCUUGAUUGUGGUGCUGGUAUCGGAAGAAUAACGAAACAUUUGUUACUACCUCAUUUCAAUAAAGUAGAUGUUAUAGAGCCUGAUCAAAAAUUCCUCAAUGAAAUAUUGAACUAUGUAGGAGAAAAUAGUUCAAAUGUUGGAAAAUUAUAUCACACAAGCUUGCAAGAUUUUCAACCCGAAAGAAAGUAUGACGUUAUUUGGAAUCAAUGGGUCUUAGGUUAUUUAAAAGAUGAAGACUUAGUUUCGUACUUAAUAACUUGCAGAAAUACACUUGCAGAAAAUGGUGUUAUUGUUGUUAAAGAAAAUAUUACAUCUUCAGGGAAAACUGAGGCUGAUGAUGCUGAUUCAUCUGUAACAAGGUGUCUUAAGCAAUAUACUAAAAUAUUUAAACAAGCAAAAUUAAAGAGAGUUAAACAAUGCAAACAAACAAAUUUUCCUAAUGGAAUAUACCCUGUUUACAUGUUUGCCUUAAUUCCUGUGAAAGAUCAUGUUAGUGAAAAUAAACAUGAAAAUGAUUUGUUAUAAUAUUUAUUGACAAACAUUUACAAAUAAAAUAUUAUGUCUACAAUGUACUAUACUUAUCUAUAUUCUAUUAUAGUAACCACAUUUUUCUUGUAAAAUAUUUCAGCCUUAAAUUCAUAGACUCUUUCAAAAAUAUAUAAAUUGUAUUACUACAUUUAAAGGCCCAGUAAAUACUUCAUAAAUAUAAGUACGUAGCUCUUCUAUGUGCAGCCAUCAUGGGAUUUUUUUUCAACUCAAAGCUCAGCUGCAAACAUUCUGUUCUAGAGAAAAAAUAAAAGUAUCUAAUGUAUGCUUGUGAAAUAUUUUAUCUGUCUGCAGAGCAUUUUUGUAUAUGAAUCUGAAUUACUUAUCAGUAAACCUAAUGUUUGUGCCCAACCUUGCUAAGAAACAAUCAUUUAAUAUGUAUUUUAUAAAUUAUUGAUAUUGAGUUAACAAUAUUUUGAAAGUGCUGCAGUAGAAUUUGUUUAUUCUUAUAACAAUAUUUUAAAACGUUAAAUAAACGUAAAUCAAAUUAUAAAUUAAAAUUUGUAGUUAACUACUA